AUGGGGUAUAUUAUAGCAGACAAUGAAUGCAAUAAAACAUUGGGAAUAUUUUGGAGAGCAAAUUCUGAUGCGUUGCAAUAUGUAGUGGAGAAACGAUUUAGGAAUUAUGCUGAUGUAACAAAGCGUGUGAUAUUGUCGAUAACAUCACAAAUAUUUGAUCCGUUAGGCUUACUGAGUCCUGUCAUCAUAAGAACAAAGAUUUUGCUACAAAGACUUUGGCAGUUGAAAUUAGCUUGGGACGAAACAAUUCCGAUAGAUUUGGCUACAACAUGGAAUGAAUUUUAUAAGCAAUUUGCAUGUCUUAAUGAAAUCAGGAUUCCCAGGCAAAUUGCAAUAUUAGAUGCUGUUAGAUUUGAGAUUCAUGGGUUUUCUGAUGCCAGUGAGCAAGCUUAUGGUGCCUGUUUGUAUCUUCGUUCCAUUAAUGCAGCUGGUAACAUUCUAGUACGUCUGAUUUGUGCCAAGUCUCGUGUAGCUCCGAUAAAGCAGAUUAGUUUACCGCGUUUGGAACUAUGCGGAGCUGUGAUAUUAGCUCGUUUAACAAAAAAGGUUAUUGCUGCGUUAGAUAUAAGUCCUGAUGAUAUAUAUUUGUGGACAGACUCUACAAUUGUGCUGGGGUGGAUUGCGGAACAGCCAAGUAGGUGGAAGGUUUUCGUGGCUAAUAGAGUCGCAGAGAUACAAGAACUCACUACAGGUUAUUAUUGGAAACACGUUGAAUCUGCCGACAAUCCAGCUGACAUCAUAUCGAGAGGCACACAACCUAUAUUGCUUAAAAACUUAGAUUUGUGGUGGUUAGGACCUCCAUGGCUUAGAGAUAAUCUAGACAAAUGGCCAAAAACUGAGCAUAAUAUGUAUACAAGUUCUAUUCCUGAACAACGAAAUGUUAAGUUUACUUUUACCAGCGUACUUAUCGAUUCUGAAAUUUUUACACGGUAUUCUUCAUUAUAUAAAUUAGUUCGGAUUGUAGCAUUAUGCUUUAGAUUUAGUAAAAACUCCAGGUGUACGGUAGGUAACAGGAAUUUUGGUGACAUAUCAAAUACAGAAUUUGACGAAGCAUUGUUAGCUUUGAUAAAGGUUAUGCAAGCCCAAGAGUUCAAAGACGAAAUACUAGCUAUACAUAGAUCUAACGAUUUACCAAAACAAAGUACUCUUAGGUCACUUGAUCCCUUUAUCGAUGCAGCGGGUAUUUUGCGCGUGGGUGGGAGACUUCGCAAUUCCAAUGAAACGUACGAUGUCAAAUUUCCCAUACUUUUACCUCAAAGACAUCCAUUGACUAGACUGAUAGUAUUAGAUCAGCAUCACAAACAAUUACACGCAGGGCCACAACUAAUUUUAGCCUCUUUACGACAGCGUUACUGGCCGAUAAACGGAAGACGUGUGGUUCGAAGUAUGUUAGCGAGAUGCGUAACCUGCUUUCGAGUCAAGCCUGGCAGUAUUAAGCAAAAAAUGGCUGAUCUGCCAGAAGACCGAGUAAGGUCUAGUAGACCUUUUCUAGUUUCAGGCGUCGAUUUUGCAGGUCCGUUCAAUCUAAAAGACGGUAAACUACGAAAUCGCGCUAUUAUAAAGAGUUAUAUGUGCUUAUUCGUAUGCUUGUCGACCAAGGCAGUGCAUAUAGAGCUCGCAGGCGAUUUAAGCAGUAGUUCAUUUUUAAAUUGUCUAAAAAGGUUUGUGUCAAGACGAGGUAUAUGUACUCGAAUGUAUUCCGACAAUGCAACUAAUUUUGUUGGGGCGAAUAACGAGCUGAAAAAAGUAGAAAACUUUUUAAAAUCCGUGGGACAAGAUAAAGAAUUUUAUAAAUUUUGUCAGCAAUCCCACAUUGACUGGCGGUAUAUUCCUCCUCGAUCACCUCAUCACGGAGGUCUCUGGGAAUCCGCUAUUAAAUCAGCAAAACAUCAUAUAGCGCGGGUUAUAGGUAAUACAAUUUUAACUUUUGAAGACAUGAGCACCGUGCUUACACAGAUAGAGGCGGUUCUAAAUUCCCGACCCCUAACCCCUCUAUCCUCUAAUCCAAAUGACUUCCUUGCUCUUACGCCUGGUCAUUUCCUCAUCGGAGACGCAUUAAACGCACUCCCACAACGAUGUGUGAAAGAAGAGUUGUCAAAUCGUCUAGAUCAAUACCAUUUGAUUCAAAAGAUGUACCAGCAGUUUUGGUCGAGGUGGUCAUCAGAGUAUCUGGCGGUUCUACAGCAACGUAUGAAGUGGAAGAAGUCCUGUCAGAACUUGGAAGUGGGCACUAUGGUCAUUCUGAGGGAAGAAAACGCCGCACCGCUGAAUUGGAAGCUUGGACGGAUCGUCGAGCUUCACCCAGGACAGGAUGGAUUAGUGCGAGUUGUUAGUGUGCGUACUAGUACCGCAGUGAUAAAGAGGUCGGUACAAAAGUUAUGCGCUCUUCCAAUCGAGGUCGACCCUUCUAAAACCAUCUCAUAG